CUUCAAACAGACUACAUCGCGGGGGUGGAUAAACUCUAUUUCAUUGCGUUUAUUAUUAAUACAUUGUAAUAAUUAUUUAAAGACAAUAUGAUUGCAUUGAUUGCAAUUUUUAUGAGCUUGCUUGCUAGCACUUUGGCUGAUGGAGUAGGCAAAGCUUGGGAGAUAUCACCUAAUCCACAUGCCGAACUUACAACACAUCCAACAUGGCCACGAUUAGAUUUAUCGGCCUUCGAAAUAAGAAGUGUCAGCGGCGUUGGUCAUUUGGCUUCACGUGAAAAUAUUCCGCCUGUUAAAAUUCAAGAAGCGCCGAAAAAUCCCGAGGACAUUGAGACGUCAACUGAGGAAUCUGGUGAAAAUCGCGUAGCCAAGGAAAUUGAGGAUAUGGAAAAUGAUUAUUUUAGUCCGGAAGUUAUUUACGACCAUCCGAUUUUUAAGGGUUUUAAUAAAAAUACACGGAAAGAUGUUGAAAUGCUACCGGGACCUUGGGAGAAAACUAGAUCACACAGGACAGGUAGGAAACGUGGAUACUGUCCAGACAGUGACGACAUAGAAAAUAUAUCUGUCGAUCAGGAUCACUUGCGAGUACGCCGAGAUGUUGAAGAAAAGGAAAUGGAAAAAAUAUCGGGAACUAAAAAUGUACGAGAGCCGCGUUUGAGUGCUUCGGAAUCGUGGUCCAAGCAGCCGUUGGCGGUUGAAUUUCGUCAUCAUACUAAUUUAGAAGGAAGUUCCAGUGGAAGUGAGAUUGACGCAUCAAGAUCAUCGUUACGAAGUAAUCAGGCUCCACAAGUUGCUUUUGUUACGGCGAAUCGAAGAAAUUUUGAGUCUAGAGAAUCUCGAGAUUUGCCUCUACCUAGAGAUUUACCAAUGCCACGAGACCUGCCGAUGUCUAGAUCGUACGACGAUAUUCCUUAUCGCAAUAGUCUUCGUGAUAGAGAUCUAGAUUCUCCGUAUUCGCGAAGUUAUUAUUAUCCAGAUCAUUUUAGAACAGAACGUGAUUAUUUUGUCAGAGGAGUUAAUGAACCCGCAGCCUUUUCUAUGGACCGUUAUCGCAUUGAAGACUAUGAUAUGUAUCGAAAUCGGCCUACACCCAAACCAAAAAGAAUAAUUUACUAUGCUACGCUGCCUGAGAUCGUUCGCAAGCCGGUGGAUCUUCGUACGUAUGCGAGACCUUAUGACAGCGUCAGCAAAGCCUCCAUUCCAGUGAUGACGCGAGACCGGUAUCACAAGAGGAUGCCUAUGAUGGACAGAGACAGUGAUCCGAGGUAUCAGUAUCGAAAUUAUCAGGGAUACAAUUCUUAUGACCCGUAUGUCAAGAGAUCGAGUUAUAUUGAUUAUUCUUAUGCUCCUUUUAAUGAGAGAUCGGAGGAAGAUCGGUAUCGAGAUCAAGAUUUAGAUCAUGCGAGCUACAAAGAAGCCUCUGAAUCAAAGGAAGAGUCGAGUAAAUCAGCACCUGGUGUUGAAGCUAGACAAGAACAAGAUAAGGCACCUUGGCCAGUGCAAAUUGGAACGGAGAUAAAUGUUAAAGAGAAUCAAAGAAUUACUGGAAGAAAAGUAUUUGGACAGUAUCCGCCUUAUGAUAGAUUCCGUCCUAGCGCCAGAAUAGAGCGCAAGGAUUCUGGAAAUGAUGAAAAUGUUGGAGAAGCAAGACAUUAAGCUAGAGAUAUUUUAAUUAUUUAUUAAUGACAUUAGCGAAUUGAAGGCCUUAUUGUGACAAUAAGGGGUAACUUGUCAAAAAUGGUUAAAGGGUUCUUGAUUUCCGUAUCAAUUGGGAUUAUUAUAGUUGUCAAUAUAUCUUGAAACAACAGUUAAUUCAUUUUUUUUUUAAGAUCACUUUUAAU